AUGGCCUUCUCAGACGAUAUGCCCCAACAGGCAAUGGCCCUUUUCAACGCAUCAUGGGCCGACAACUAUACAGACAUGCAACAGCUCCUCGCCUCUGGCGCUAAUUAUACAUUUGCCAAAUAUGAUGGUGUUACUGCAUUGCAUGUUGCAGCGGCAGCGGGAUCUCGAGCAGCAGCACAGCUACUGAUUGAUGCUGGGGCUAAUAUCUCGGCUGUGAACGUCGAUUUCGAAACACCAUUACACGUUGCCGCGCAUUUUGGACACGACGAGGUUUCACAGAAGCUAGUUGCGGCGGGAGCAGAUAUCUUGGCAAGGAACUGCUAUGGCGAAACACCGCUUCAGGUCGCCGCCUCACGGGGCUAUCAAGACGUCGUCCGGCUUCUCAUACACGAGGCCAAGAACAGGAUGAAACUGUCCGAAAUCCUAUCGACAAAAAAUAACAAUGGAGACACAGCAUUGCAUAGCGCUAUAUCAGGAGGCUAUGCAAUGGCCAAGAUGCUGCUCGAUGCGGGGGCGGAUGUCCAUUCAAGAGGUGAAGGAGAAGAUACGGUUCUUUUCAGGGCUGCAGAAGCAUCCGAGGACAUGGUCGAGCUGAUUCUCGCUGCAGGAGGUGACGUCUUGGCUCGCACUGACGAUGGAACAACGGUGCUACAUCGAGCUGCGGCUUGGGGCAGUGCAAGCAUACUCCAGCAACUCAUUGCGGUAGGUGUCGACGUAUCUCUGGCAACCAAUGAUGGCCAAACGCCCCUUCACUGCGCGGCGGAGAGAGGGACUGAAGAAAAGAUACGAGUACUCCUGGAUGCUGGUGCUGACAUAUCUGCCCAAACCAUCAAUGCCAGAGAGACGGCACUGCACCUAGCCUCAGCUGCGUUUCCAGACAUGCGAGCCAAGGUUCUACUUGACCGAGGUGCCGAUCCUAACACGCCUAAACUGGGCGGAGAGACGCCGUUACAUCUAGCAGUUGCUGCAGCCAAGGGAGGAGGCGACGUCUCGGUGGUCGCGUAUCUGUUAGAAGCUGGAGCAAAUUCCAACGCUGCAACUGAUGCGGGAGAAACGCCAUUACAUGUCGCCGUGAUGAAUGGUUCUCCGACGUCGACUAGGUUGCUCUUGAAUGCCGGAGCCGAUCCCUCGGCCAAGGCACAUGACGGCAAGACCCCAUUGAUGUUAGCACAGGAGAAGAGAACUGAAGCAAAGGCAUAUUGCAUUGAGGUCUCUAAGGAGCCGUGGGCCGAGCCAGGAAUGUGUGACGAAUACCUUUCGCGCAUGGAAGAAGUGGUCAUGUUGGUUGAAGAGACGCAGGACGCUGGGCUGCAGGAACUAAAGCUGUAG